AUGAAAGGAAGAACAUUGAAGAAGAAAAGACCAUCCUCGCAGCCGGCGAAAGGUAUGGGUAGCAAUAAGAAGCGCGGUUCCUCCAUCAACGACGACUCGUUCUUCGAGGCCGCCGAGCAGAAACGGCGCCGCAGGUUUGGCGCCGGCGGCGAUGAAGAUAUCGCGAGCAGUGACGAUGAAGGUUCGGAAGGAGAGGGGGAGGAGGAGGAGGAGAAGGAGAAGGAGGAGGAGAUAGAGGAGACGCCGGCGGAGAAGAAGAAGCGGCUGGCGGAUGCGUAUUUGAAGUCGCUCAGGGCAAAAGAGAGGAGGAAAGAAGAAGAAGAAGAUGGGUCCGAUGAAGACGAUGAAGGGCGGAGAGAGAGAGAAGGGGAAAUGGAUUCGCUCAUUGCAAAGAGUUUGCAGCAGCAGCAGCUUGAGGAUAGCGGCCGUGUCCGUCGAGCCAUUGCCUCUAGGGUUCAAAAACCAGAAACGGGUAAAGGGUUUCAAUUUCUAGUGAAACACAGGCAACCGGUCACAAGUGUAGCUCUUUCUGAGGAUGAUUCCAGAGGAUUUUCAGCGUCCAAGGAUGGUGCCAUUGUUCAUUGGGAUGUUGGUAGUGGAAAAACCGAGAAGUAUGUUUGGCCUUCUGAUGAAGUUUUGAAAUCUAGGGGUGUAAGGGACCCACAAGGUCGAGCAACAAAGCAUAGUAAACAUAUUUUAGCAUUGGCUGUUAGUUCGGACUGUCGAUAUUUGGCGACUGGAGGUUUAGAUCGUCAUGUUCAUUUGUGGGAUAUCCGCACACGCAAUUAUAUUCAGGCUUUUCCUGGACAUAAAGGACCUGUAUCCUGCUUAACAUUUAGGCAAGGGACUUCAGAACUCUUCUCAGGUUCAUUCGAUCGUUCUAUCAAGAUUUGGAAUGCAGAGGAUAGAACUUACAUAAACACUUUAUUCGGUCAUCAGAGUGAGGUGCUGACUAUUGACAGCUUGAGAAAAGAACGUGUAUUGACUGUUGGACGUGACCGUACUAUGCACUUAUGGAAGGUUCCAGAGGAAUCGCAAUUAAUCUUUCGAGCUCCAGCGGCUUCACUUGAAUGCUGUUGCUUUAUAAGUAAUGACGAAUUCUUGUCGGGUUCGGAUGAUGGAAGCAUUGAGCAUUGGAAUGUUCUACGCAAGAAGCCUGUCCAGAUUGUGAAAAAUGCACACGCGUCAUUUAGCGAAAACAUUCUCGAACCGAGUAAUUAUGAAGGACUAGCAAAUGGGCACAAAGAUAACGAAGUCCAAGAGUCUCCAAAACUUGGUUCGACUGCUUUGUCAUGGGUCAACUCGGUUGCUGUGUGUAGAAGCAGCGAUCUUGCUGCAUCUGGAGCUGGAAAUGGUUCGGUACGUCUAUGGGCAAUUGAGAAUGAAUCCAAAGGAAUUCGUCCCUUAUUCGAGCUCUCCCUGGAUGGAUUCGUAAAUUCGUUGGCAUUUGCUAAAUCUGGGAGAUUCCUGAUUGCUGGAGUCGGGCAGGAACCACGGUUAGGGAGAUGGGGACGUGUUGCUACAGCCAAAAAUGGAGUUGCAUUGCAGUCACUGGAACUAUCAUAA